AUGUUCGGAUAUUUUCUGAUAUUUAGCGUAAUCGUAGCCAUAGCCAGAGGGUCUAUCUCUGGUCACAUUGCAACAGGAACAUGUGUCUGUGUUACUGGUAGCACCGUUAAUGCAAGACAUACAGCCAGUAUACAUGGUCAUAUAAUUGGACAGGUACAUUCCGGCGAAUGUUAUAAAUUCAAUGGUGGCAUUCAUACAGCAGACGGAUACACGUGGUACCAACUUCAACAUGUACAUGGACAGCUAGCGUACGUAGCUGGAAGUUUACUGCAGACGUCAACCGCAUCUCAUUGCAGUAUAUCAACACAUAGUGGAACUUUUGCAACAGGAGUAGUUUCCAAGCAUUGUAUGCAGUGUAUUUGUGAUUUGGAAUCCGGUUGCAGACCACUGGCUUGCAAAUGGGACGUGAAUUCGAAUUCUUGUGGAUACAUGCAAAUAAAACAGGUUUACUGGGAAGACUGUGGAAAACCAGGGGGAAGUUUAGAAGCAUGCUCCAAAGAUAAACAUUGUGCUUCUCAGUGUGUCCAACACUAUAUGUCCAGGUACAUCAAUCAUUAUGGAUGCCAACAUAACUGUGAGAGUUAUGCACGGAUGCACAAUGGAGGACCAGCUGGGUGCAAACAUACUAAUACAUUGGGUUACUGGAACCAUAUUCAGAGUAAGGGAUGCAGCGCAAACAGUUAACUUCUUUUCAAAAAAUAAAACAGAUUUAUUUGAAUGGUGAACUAAUGUCAAUGACAAGUGUUUCGAGUCACAUGUACCUCUAUCUUUGAUGUAUUUUUAUUUGUCAAUUUUCUAGUACGAACA